ACAAACCCUACCAAGCUCUUUUCUCUCUCCUCUUUUGUGUCUAUCUCUCUCUAAGAAAAAUUUAAAAGAAGGAAUUUUAAAAUAAAAAAAAAUUUUAGUACUUGAAAAAUUCGUCCAAAACCAAUUUAGGGUUUCAAAUCAGACUCUUCCUCCCAAAAUUCUCAAAUUCAAACUCACGAACGUUUCAUGUCUGCUUGUGAUCUUGUUCUCUUCACUCUCGCGGGUCGAUAGUAUCGAGGACAACAGGUACGCCUUGUGAUUUGGGUUUUUUUUUUUUUUUUUGGGUGUGUUACGGAUGGGUAUGAUCGGUUAAUUGGAGGAAUGAUUGCAUGUUUUGAUGAAAUCAAGGGGCUUUUAGUUGAAUUGGAUUGCUUUUCUUCUUUUAGUUGGGACGAAUUGUGAUUAUACUUAGAAUGUGUCUGUGUGUGUGUGUUUUUUUUCCGAAUGUGGCAGAUCUGGAUAAUUUAGAGUGAAGAUGAGGGAUGUGAAAAUUGGGUGUUUUUUGAUUAAGUGGUCGGAUUGACGGAUUUGUUGAUGGAAAGUAGAAUACGAAAUACUUCUGCUGUUCUUGGUCUGGGGGUAGCCAAGAAAACCAAAUCUUUGGAUCUUCAAAGUAUAUAUAAAUCAAAGGUUUCAAAAGAGGGUCUCCCUAAAAUUGAGAAAUUCCCGGUUCAGAAUGGCGGGGAGGCUAAGGAUGGCAGUGAAAACAAGAAGAAGAAGAAGAGGAAGAAUGGUGGAAAUGAGGUUGCUUUGGCCGGCGUAGAGCCAGUUACUAAAAAGAGUAAGAAGACUGUCGAUGAGGGGCGGGCCGUUGAUGUGCAACCAGGCCUGGUUUCGGUUGAUUCUGGUCGGCCCUUAACAGAUUUGAGUCGCAAGAAUGGGUUAAACGGACUUGCUCUGAGCUUAGGUGGAUCUGGACAUGUCAUUCGUGUUCCCAGAAGGCCAAGGGGUUUUGUGGGACGGAAGAAGACCGAAGGAAAUCAGUCUAUUAAGUCAUCAGGACCAAAUAGUUCUGUUAGUCAGGGUGCCAGGUCGAAUGGGGAGCUUAGGAAGGUGGAAUCUUCUGGUUCGUCUAGCGCUGAGCCAGCUUCUGAUGAUAAAAUUUCUAAGUCAGGCAGUGGUGUUGGAGAUAAUGUUGGUGUUCCCAAAUCAACGAGGAAACGGAACACGAGGGAAUUGAAGGUAAGUAGGAAUGUUGGUGAAGUUGGGGAAAGUAGAAUGGCUGGUGAAGUGAAGGAAAAUACCAUAGUUGCUGAAGUGAAGGAAAGUAAGACAGGUGGUGAAGUGAAGGAAAGUAGGACUACUGGUGAAGUGAAGGAAAGUGAGAAUGGUGUUGAAGUGAAGGAAAUUGAGAAUGGUGGUGUAAUGAAGGGUAAUGGUGCUGAACUGAAGGAGGGAAAGAAGGCUGGUGAAAUGAAAAAAUCUAGGAUUGGUAAAUUAAGUUCAUUGCAGUGUGCUAAGGAGGAAGAUGGUGAUCAUGUUGUAAAUAAUGGCAAUACAUCCUGCAGAAAACGCCAGCGGAAGCGUAAGAAAAGAAUGGAUAUGGCAUCAGGCAAUGAAACUGUCCAAGAGAAAGUGGAGCAUUCCGUGGAAAAUCAUGUUAUGGCUUUUGAUGACUUCCAAGACGACGAUGAUGAUGAGGAGAAGCUUGAGCAGAAUGCAGCGCGGAUGCUUUCUUCUAGAUUUGAUCCCAAAUGCACGGGUUUUAUAGCAGAAGAUAUAAGUUCUGGGAGGCUAUCAAACAAUGCCACUUCUUUUUCUGGAUCUUCUGUCAGCAGAAGAGGGGGCUCUGUGCGCAGUUCAAAAUCUAAAGAUGCUAACAGAGUAUUGAGACCAAGAAAACAGCUCAAUGACAAGGGCCAGUCCAGGAAACGCCGUCAUUUUUAUGAAAUAAUUGCCAACAAUUUGGAUGCGUCUUGGUUUCUGAAUCGAAGGAUUAAGGUUUUCUGGCCACUGGAUGAAAGUUGGUAUUUCGGGCUUGUAAAUGAUUAUAACCCUGAAAUAAAGCUCCAUCAUAUCAAGUAUGAUGAUAGGGAUGAGGAAUGGAUUGAUCUUCAAAAUGAGAAAUUUAAGCUCUUGCUUCUUCCCAGUGAGGUUCCGGGUCGAGUUGAGAAGAGAAAAUUUCGGGCAUAUGAGAACUCCGGGGAUAAAAGAAAGAAAGACAGGGAAGAUGAUGGCUGUUAUGAAGGAAGAUAUUUGGACUCUGAACCAAUCAUAUCUUGGUUGCCUCGUUCUUCUCAUCGAGCAACUCCUGGUCAUUUGAAAGAACAGAAAACGCCACAGUUGUCACUUUCAGGUCAGUCACAUAGAAGUGAUGAUACAGACACAGAUGUGGGUUGUUUUGCAAGAGAUGGAAAUAAAUCCUAUUAUGAAGCUUCAUUGCCGGACAAUUCUACUGAUGGUGAGAGGGCGAAAAGUUCUUUGUUGGGAAGUCCUAGUAGCUCCAAUGGUAGCAAACCUGUUGUUUAUGUGAGGAGGCGCUUGAACAAGAGGCGUGAAGGAUUCUCUCCUUUACGUGGAAACAACAAAUCACGCGUAGCUCCAGUCCAAAAUAUUAUGUCAUAUGCUGAUGAUGAGGACUGGUUGCACUUAUGGGAAGGGUCCGAUGACUACAAGGUCUGCUUGAAGUUUGAUGAGAAGUUGUGGUCACUUGACGAUCAAGGUCUGCUAAAAUUGAGGGUCCCGCUGGGGGAAUUGAAAGGUUUCAGGUUGAAUGUCUGCUUACCUGUUUUGCCAUUUCAGGAAUGCUCUGUUUUAGCAGAUCAUUUAGGUCAUUUAGCAUACACACAUUCUUUGUUUCGACAUCAUAAUGGUGUCAUGAUGACUACAUGGCCCGAGGUUUCUUUGGAGAUGCUUUUUGUUGAUAACAUAAUUGGACUGAGGUUCCUACUUUUUGAAGGCUGCCUGAAAUUGGCUGUGGAGUUAUUUUCCCUCAUUCUGACUGUAUUUAAUCAAUCUUCAGGAGAGUGGAAGUUCUUCGACACGGAAUUACCCAUAACCUCAAUUCGGUUUAAACUUUCCAUUACGCGGGAUCUAAGAAAGCAAAAAGAAUUUGCAUUUUAUAGCUUCUCGAAGCUGAAACAGUCGAAGUGGCUUUAUUUGGAUUCCAAACUGCAGCGGCAUUGUUUAUUUAGCAGACAAUUGCCUGUUUCCGAAUGUACAUAUGACAACAUCAGGACACUUGAACAUGGAAGCUAUCAAUCGGAUACACCCGCUGAUGGUCCAGGUUACUUCCCGUUUAAGAAGAGAUUAAUGAAAGACCUUUUACCUCUGGGUCCGACAAGAGAAUUUUCAAGUAAAAUGAUAACUCGGUCUGCUGUUCAUAGUUCCAUAAAGAGCGGCCAAAUUCCAACAUUUGCUCUUCCCUUCACUGCUGCCCCUACUUUCUUUCUUAGUCUGCAUUUGCAGCUGCUCAUGGAACGUAAUUUUGCUAGCAUUGGCCUUCAGGAUGAUAGUUCUCAGAGGUCUCUUGAGAAUUCAUUGGUUGCUAUUGAGCCAGCUGCUGUACACUCCCCAGUCCAUGAAUCUUGCCAAGGAAAUUUUAAAGGUACUUCUAACAUUCAUAAGAGUUUUAGUUUGUUUUGCACUGAUUCUGAAGUACUGUAUUCAACUUGUUCUCACUCAGUAAGAUUUGUCAAUUCAGAGGAGGGUGAAGGUGCUCAUACGAAAUCAGCUCAAAAUCUUGAUUGUGCUAAAUCCAUAGCUGUCUUGGAUUCAUCCAGUUCAAUGGAUCUUGAAAUGAAUGCCGCUGAGGGAAUUGUAUAUCCCAAGAAGCGUGUGUCCCGCAAACAGGAGUCCAAGCAGAAAGUUGUUGCUCCUGUGUCAUCGGAACGGUAUUCUAGUUUGGCCACUCUGAGUAUUGAACUUCCAUCUUCUGAUCACAUUGAUAAGCCUGUUAAUGGGAAGGUGAAUAUCUCCAAACAUGUUUCUGAUUUGGCUGGGAAUAGUAGUGAUGGUGUAGUCCAGAGCCCAUACCAAACCUGUCUUAGAAGGUCAUGGCGUCGUGAUAGAAAUGACUCGAGUUCGCCCCUUGGGGAUCUCUCACCUACUUUGGCUGACGGAAAAUCGGUAUUUGUUGGUAAUGGCUUUGGUAGUGGGCCAAAGAAGCCUCGCACACGGAUGCGGUAUUCGAUGCCUGGAGGGGGCUAUGAUUCUCACUUAAAGUACAAAAGUCUGAACCCGAGAUCUCUCUCUCACAAACGUAUUUGGAAGUCUACUGAGAAGAGGGUUCCAGAAGGUUUGAUCAGGUCUCAGAAAGAUUUGGAGUUGAUGGCUUGUGAUGCAAAUGUUCUAGUCACACUCGGGGAUAAAGGGUGGAGAGAAUGCGGGGCACGUAUUGUUUUGGAACUUGUGGAUCAAAGUGAGUGGAGGAUAGCGGUUAGGGUUUCUGGGGUUACAAAAUACUCUCACAAAGUUGAUCAUGUUUUGCAGCCUGGGUCUACCAACCGCUAUACCCAUGCCAUGAUGUGGAAAGGUGGAAAGGAUUGGGUCCUUGAGUUUCCUGACAGGAACCAGUGGGUUAUAUUCAAGGAGAUGUAUGAAGAAUGCCAUAAUCGGAAUAUGCGUGCAGCUACAGUGAAAAAUAUACCUAUUCCUGGAGUCCGCUUAAUUGAGGAAAGUGAUGAUUUCAUGUCUGAUGUACAUUUUUUCCGGAACCCUGCAAUGUACAUCAGGCAAGAUGAAACUGAUGUUGAAAUGGCCAUGAAUCCUUUGCGUAUCUUAUAUGACAUGGAUAGUGAUGAUGAGGACUGGAUAGUGGAAAGUGGGAAUUUUUUAUCAACCAAUGAUAAUAGUUUUAGAGAGAGAUCUUGUGAACUAUUUGAGAAGGUGGUAGAUGUACUUGAAAAGUUUGCAUACUCUCAACAGCGCGAUCAAUUUAGUGUUGACGAAUUAGAAGAUCUAACUGUUGGGAUAUGUCCCUGUGAAACAGUUAAGGACAUCUAUGAGCAUUGGCGGCAUAAGAGGCAAAAGAAGGGCAUGCCUUUGAUACGCCAUUUCCAGCCUCCUCUGUGGGAAAGAUAUCAGCAGCAAGUGAAGGAGUGGGAACAAGCUGUGGCUAGGACUUCUGCUGCAUCUGCUGUUGGAAGCAAGGAGAAGGCAACACUAAUUGAAAGGCCUCCUAUGUUUGCUUUCUGUCUUAAACCUCGAGGUCUGGAAGUUCCUAACAAGGGUUCGAAGCAACGAUCUCAUAGAAGGUUUCCUGUAUCUGGGCACAGCCAUGCCUUUGGUGAUCAGGAUGGCUUUCACACAUUUGGAAGAAGAUUAAAUGGUUUUUCUGUGGGGGAGGAGAGGAAUUUAUAUUCUGGCUACAGCCAUGAGUUUUCAGAUUCUUCACCCUCCUUGCAGGCCUCUGCCAGGGUAUUCUCACCAAGAGAUGCUGGUGGUGGGCUCGGCUUUAUCUCAUUAAAUAAUGAUGUUACCGAGUGGAAUCAUUACCCAAAAUACCCUGGGAACAAGCAGAAAAAGAAUGGGCUACUUUCUUCCCCAGGUAGUGUGAAGCUGGUUCCAUAUCCUCAGAGAACUGUUGGAAUGAAAAAUGGGGUUCACCGUUGGCCUAUGGACUUGCCUGAGUGGCCAAGUCAAAAGCAUUAUUCGGAAGGAUCUUUGAGGCACGGGAUGGAGCUAUGGGAUGAUUCGGAUCUUCAUGAGUUUAGGUUGCGCGAUUCAUCAGGUGCUGCUCAACAUGCUCUUUACAUGGCAAAACUCAAGAGGGAAAAUGCCAUAAGAUUACUGUAUAAAGCAGAUUUAGCAAUUCACAAGGCCCAUGUGGCUCUUAUGACAGCUGAGGCAAAAAAAGAUGCCUUUGAGAGCUCAAAUGGUGGUGGUUAGGAUGACUUCAUGUCCGUUAGAUGGUAAACUGCUGGCUUUGAAAUUGUAGGUGGAUCCGAAGUUUGUAUUGGUGUGAAAUUUUCGUGGGUAAUGGCAGAAUGACUCAAAUUGUGCAUUCAUGGUGAUCUUGAUUUGCCUACCACAUCGUUUGAGAUUGAUCUCUGACCUCUUCUCAAGACUCAUUCAACAUCCUCUGGAUGAACGUGAUGAGUAUAGGCUGCACCAUUUGGUUGCAAUUUGUUGAGAAAUGUGGCGUAUGCCGCACCGGAAUGCUGCAUUCCCCAAAACACCAGCUUGUUUCUUCAUGUAGGUCCCGUACAUAACUUCUAGUCUUUUCUCUGAUUAGGUUUCUGAGGAGCAGGAUUUCUCAGCCCAGAGGAACAGGUUGGUGUCUUAUUUAACAUGGGGAGUGGAAUUUUUGGUGUUUAUCAUUUGUACAGAAUGUUUCGCCCCCCCUGAUUUUGUCUUCCUCUGUGGCUAGGGCCGUUAACGUUAGUUUUAGUGAUUAUUAUUGAUGGAGGGAUCGAAGGAACGAAAAUAAUAUAGCACACCCUGCAUCCAUGUGCAAUUGCUUGUGGAUCAGCGUGUUAUUUUUUCGGCAUAGAGUUAUAUCCAUAAGCAAGUUGAUGAUGAUAUGCUGUAAUUAGCGAGUGAAAUAUCAUUAGGUCAUUUGAAGCGCAGCCUUUCAGGUACCUCCGCUUGUUAUCGGUUCAUAAUGGGAAGCUGGUUUCCAAUAUCAAUGCUGUUAAUUGUGUACAUGUCAAUUCAGUUUGUGUUCUGUACUCUCCUCAUCAAUACAUGUGGCCUGUUCUUUGAUGGAAAAAUGUAUGGCAUAGUGUAGAGUGUUUUUUGUCCAAUUCUCUUUGCUUUGUCAAGUGGAAGAAUCGCUUUAUUAGAGUUGCAUUCGGUUAAAAUGUAGAAUCACUGGCCUCGAUUUGUACUCGAGAUAGAAACUUGCUGAUGUUUCGAUCCCGUCAUUAGCAGGGCAAAAUCCAACUUGGCAGUAAGCCGGCCACAGAUAUGGCGCAU